AUGGCGCUAGCAGCACUCUCUCUAUGCCAUUGCUCUUCUUCUAUAACAACCUUUCUUCCUUCAAAUUCCCGUCAACCCUCAACCUUUUCCCCUCAUCUUCAAACUCAACCCUUCAUCUCCCCACUCACCAAAUCACAACCACCAAACAGCAGCUCUUUCCUUUUCCAAUUUCGUCCCUCCAUCCACUGCCGCUGCACUUCCAACAAGUCCAAUGUCGGCUUCCAAUUCGUGUCACUCGUCUCUUUGUUUCAAGAAAUCGGUAUCAGCUUUAAGGAAACCAAAUCGCUCUUGAGCAAUGCUUCCGAACUUAGCUCGAUACAACUAGAUUCAUUGCAUGGUCGCAUUCUUUAUUUACAGUCUCUCGGCUUUUUGAAAAAUGAAUUGCAAGGACAGCUUAAGCAAGCUACGGUGAAACUUCUUUUAUCAAAAAAGUUAUCCGAUUUUCCUCACAAGGUUCAAUUGCUUCUUGACCGUGGAAUUGCGGUUGACAAGAUUGAACAUGUGCUUAACAAAGUGGAUUUGUCAAAGGCAAUUUGUCAUAGGUCGAUGGAAGAAAUUGAAAGAGUAAUUAGUUUCUUAAAACCCUUUGGUGGUGUUGAUUUGAUUGUGAAGCACCCUGCAAUUCUCAACCAUGAUUUUGAUUGUAAGCUGAAACCGAGAAUCAGGGUUUUUACUGAGUUAAGUGGCGGGGACGAGGAUAGUGUUGGGAAAGUGCUGAAUAAGUUUCCUGUUAUCUUGAAUCUUAGGGUGGAACAUGUUGAGACACAUAUAGAGUUCUUGAGGUCUUUUGCAGAACUUGAUGAUCAACAAAUAUUUAAGAUAGUGUUGGUGUUUCCAGCAAUCUUGAGUUGUAGUAGAGAGAGGAAACUGCGUCCUAGAAUACAAUUUCUCAAGGAUUGUGGGUUAGAUUCGGGCGAAAUCUUUAAGUUCUUGAUCAAUGCACCGGUGUUUUUGGCCAUUUCGUUCCGCGACAACCUUGCGAAUAGGCUUGUGUUUUUGGUCAAGAUUGGGUAUGAAUAUAGGACAAAAGAGUUGCCAGUGGCGAUCGCGAUUAGUUCUAGAAUGAGCUGUAAGAAUAUGCAGAAGACGGUGAGUGUAUUAUUGAAUUACGGGUUCUCACCCGAAGAAACUUUUGCUAUGACUACAAAGAAACCACGGAUACUGCAGUAUAAUCACGCCUCUCUAGAGAAGAAGAUGAAGUAUUUGACAGAGGAGAUGAAUCGUGACAUUAAGGAGUUGCUGAAUUUUCCUGCAUUUCUUGGAUACAAUUUAGAUGAAAGAAUUAAGCAUAGGUAUGAAAUAAAGAAGGGUUCAAGGGAGGGACAAAUGUCUCUCAGUCAGCUUUUAUAUGUUUCAACUGAGAAAUUCCAAAAAAGGCUUCUGAAAAAUCCAAAUUGA